CAGUAACUCGCCAAAAUGACAAACACUAAAGGAAAGAGGAGAGGUACUCGGUAUAUGUUCUCUAGGCCUUUUAGGAAACAUGGAGUAGUUCCUUUGGCCACAUACAUGCGAACCUACAAGAAGGGUGAUAUUGUAGACAUCAAAGGAAUGGGCACUGUUCAAAAAGGAAUGCCCCAUAAGUGUUACCAUGGCAAAACCGGAAGAGUCUACAAUGUCACCCAGCAUGCCGUGGGCAUCAUUGUGAACAAGCAAGUUAAAGGCAAGAUUCUGGCCAAGAGGAUCAAUGUGUGGAUUGAGCACAUCAAGCACUCAAAGAGCAGAGACAGCUUCCUGAAGCGGGUGAAGGAGAACGAUCAGAACAAGAAGGAAGCCAAAGAGAAGGGCACCUGGGUUCAGUUGAAGCGCCAGUCUGCAUCACCCAGAGAAGCCCAAUUUGUGAGGACUAACGGGAAGGAGCCUGAGCUGCUGGAGCCCAUGCCAUACGAAUUCAUGGCCUAAUGGACAAAAAGGAAAUAAGGGACCUGGACUGCAAAAAAAAAAAAGUUAUUCUAGGGACUGAAAAGAGGGCACAGCUGUUAAGAGCACCUGCUGCCCUUCCAUGGGACCCAGGUUCAGUUCCCAGCACCCAACAGUGACUAACAACUGCCUCUACCUCUAGUUCCAGGGAACCUGACAUCUUUUUCUGGCCUCCCCAGAUACAAGGUACAUGUUGUGAACAUGUAUGCAUGCAGGCACUCACACAUAUGCACAAAUAAAAGUAGAAAUUAAAAGGAGAUUGAAAAUGGUACAAGGAUGGUUUAUUUUGGAUAGGAAGGCCCGAAAGCCUCUCUCGAGAUGGAGGGCUGGUUUUGUUGUUGCUAUUGCUGCUUUGCUUGUUUUGUUGCUGUUCGUGUUUUUUCUUGUUGUAGCCUUUUUUGCUUUGCUGUUUUUAUUUGCUUGUUAAGACAGGAUCUUGCUGUGGAACCCAGGCAGGCCUGGAUUCAGGGUCUUCCUGCUUCCUGCUCCCUAGUGCUGGGACUAUAGGCAAGAACUCCUAUCUCCCAGAAGCAGUUACUCUUACAAGUAAAAGCCUGAAGAAAGGGACUCCUUCAGCCCUGUGGCUAUCAAAAACAUCCAGGAAAAGAAGGCAGUCAGUGGAAACCCACCAGUACUCCCAGCAUGGAGGGAAUGUGUAACCAAGGUUGGAUGAUUCAGAUUCAGAUUCGGGGGGGGGGGAGGAAGGGUAAGGGGGAGAGAACUGGCUCUUCUGGGGCUGUAAAAGGAGAACACAGAGGGGCCUUAAGUAAGGAAUCGAAUAAUCUGUCCCAUGUAUUCAACCCAUCACACUCACUUCCAGAAAUGAGGGGCAGAAGUCAAGUUUCAAGGAGAAGGCUGCCACAAUAACUCAGGCAAAAUGUGACGGUGGCGCAAGCAAAUGGAGCGGUAAGAAGUGGGCGAAUUAUGGCUAUGUUUUGAAAGUGGAGUGGACAGGCCUUGCCAAUAAAUUAAAAAUGAACGAGGGGGGGAAGGAUCAUCACAGAUGCCAUCAAGAUUUUAUCUGAGCGAUGGGGGAGAUGUCACUGCCGUUGAAGAAUAAAGGAGCCGGUUCCAGAGGCAGAAUGAACUGGGCUGGGCCUGUAGUAGCCUGAACUAAUACUGUGGACGGUCUAUCAGACUGUGGCAUAGGUGGGGUGGGGUUCAGAGGUGUGGACUGGAAAGCCACGAGAAUAGAGGUGGUAUUUCGAGGUCUGAACCCGAAUGAGACCCCAAGAAACAGGGCACAGAGAGAAAAGUCCAAGAUUGAAAAGGGGUGGGUAACACUUAGGGACCUAGAGGUAGGAUGAGAAGCCAGUGAAAUAAUGCCGAGAAGCAUAGCUGGGAAGGUAGAAAUAAAACCACGAGACUCCCUCAAGGCUAAGAGUAAAGAGUCUAUUAGAAAGGAGACAUUGAUUACUAGCCAAGUUUUCAUUAGUUCUACUUGGAAAGGUCUAUAGUUCCAAGAAAGUGUGUCACGGGUGACUCGAUUUAGAUGGAAGGCUCAUGGAACUGACGUUUAAGUUGAAGGUUAAAGGAUGAAGCCCAGUGCUGCUCACCCACCUGGUCUUCUUCCUCACUUCAUGCCAGCAGUGUCUCUGGUCAGCUGUACAUACAGUCUGCCUAUGGAUCUAUAAGCGGCCAUCUUCAUCACAUGUACCAUCUCAGAGAGCAGAGCAAGGAAGAAGCUUGGAAGACAGCCCUAAACACGAAUAGAUGUUCAGCCUGGCAUUUUCCAGUGGGACAAGAAAAACAGCCUUUGCCAUCCUGGCAUGUGGGCACUUACCUGGGAGAUGACGCAAGGGAAUCGCAACUCUGAGGUCAGCUGGAGCUGCAAAGUGGGACCAUCUUAAAAAUACAGGAAAGGAAAAAAGAAACACUCAACCCCUUUCAACCUGAGAGUCACUGAGAUAUGACUUCCGGCAGUAUCCAUUUGUCCCCUCAACCUCAUUCAGGGGCUCCUCCUGCGGUUGGCUGACUAGCCAGCAGUGAGCAGACCUAGAUGCUACCAGUAGUUGGGGUCACUAUUUGGACUGAGUACAUCCACAUUCUCAAUGUUGUAUUCAAUAGUGGAAUAAAAGCCACUUAGACUG